AUGUCGAAGAAAAGCGACAAGAAGAAGGGGCGUUCUGCCAUCAAUGAAGUUGUAACUCGUGAAUACACAAUAAACGUACACAAGAGGAUCCAUGGCAUGUAAGACUCGCGUUUUCUGGCAGUUUUUGCUAAUAAUAGUAGAAUAAAAUUUUUUGACCCAUUCAAGGUCGAGGACCUUUUUUGAAGUCUAAUCUCGUGGAUUUUUUAAAAUUUCAAAGGUUAAAAUUUCCACAAUUUUACACCACAGGCAAAGCAGUCUGUACUUCAACGUCUAUAACCCUUUUUAUAGUUGAAGCAAAAUCGUUGUUUUUCGAUGUCUCAAGUCAGAUGAUUGAUGGAUCCAUUGUAUCACAAAAUUUAAGAAAAAUAUAAAGAAUUAAAUAAAAUCUGUAACGAGCUUCUGUUGUGGUUAUUCGGGUUUAUAAUAAUACUUUCCUUGAAAAGACGAGGGUUUUUUUGUGCGAGGGCAGGUAAUUAACUUUGUGCCUCACAUAUGCGGCUGAGAUCAUGUCUAAUGGUUCUACCUGUGGUAAAAGUUAUACAUGUGUUGUUAGUAUGAGUUUUACAUGACCUCAUAUUCUCGGAUGUUUACAAAAUUUCUGCAAAGCCUUUACAUUCUCGAUGCAUACAUUGAAUUUUCUGUUGUUGUCUAUUCCUGUUCACUAUUUGCAUAUAAAAUAAGAGUAUUGCAUGCAUAUUAAAAUGCAAAAUGCUUUUAACAGUGGAUUCAAGAGACGAGCUCCAAGGGCUAUCAAGGAAAUAAAGAAGUUUGCGGAAAAGAUGAUGGGGACCCCAGAUGUCCGUGUAGACACCAACUUGAACAAACAUGUGUGGUCUAAGGGUAUCAGGUGUGUUUUCUUUACUGCUACGACCAAAAUCACUCAACGGUUAGAUCCCCCGAAAGAAGAGUAUGAGAGUAUGGGUUCACAGAUUUGAGUCCAGCUACAUUGAAAGGUUCAUGAAUUUUAAAAAAUCAAGUCAUCUUGUAUUUAAGAAAACAUGCUGACUUUACUGUUAUCUAACCUAAAAGGCCACUGUAUUUCCCACUAGAAUUGAUUGAGAACAAACUUCCACGUAUGACCACCUCUCACAACAUCCUCGGAGAUUCGGGGAUGGUCAGUCAGGUCAGGAAAAACAUUGAUGAAAGUUUUUAAGGAUGGGCAAGACAGGUUUCUGAAAGUGACCUUCUCCUUUGAGGGACCUCCAAACAUUGGCAUUUGAGGUGCAUGCUUAAAGGCACUUAUAGGAUUGGUUGGGGAAACAAUCAAGCAAACAAAGUUGACAAUGGAACUUAAUCCGAAAACAAAAGAGCUGCAACAUACAGGGGUUCAAUGGAAUAGGAGGGUUUUUUAAAGUGGUGUGACACCUCUGCAUUCUUGGGGAAGUUUUUGAGUGAUUUUACUAAACCUAUGAAAUAGGUAGUAGAAUACCUUGUACCAUGAUGCACUAAUUCUAUUGUCUUCUUUUGUUUAUUUAUAGCUAUUUUGCACUAGUUGUUAUAAUCUGUUUCACAGAUCAAGUAAAAUCACUCUAUUUUAGCUCGUGUCUGUUAUCUGGCUUUAUUGUUGUUCUUCACUGUAUUGGAAAAGUUUAUUUUACACAGGUAUUGUUUUGGCCAAGGACAUUUCAUUCAAUGUUGUAUUUUUCUUUUGGUUUUCUAGAAAUGUACCUUUUAGGGUCAGAAUUCGUCUUGCUCGUAAGAGAAAUGAAGAUGAAGACUCUAUUCACAAAUUGUAUACCCUUGUUACUCACGUUCCUGUUGCUACAUUCAAGGGUAAGUCUUUCAUUGUUUUAUAA